AAAAAAAGAUGAAGAGGAAAACACGUAAGAAAGAGAGAAAGGGUUUAGCAAAUAAUUGGAAACAGAAUUGAAGCCGCCGUGUUUAGUUUUGCCUCAACGUUUCUCUUUUCCCUUUCCACUUUCUCUCUCUUUUCUCUCUUUUUAAGCCUUUUCGUAAAUUCCAUGGCCAAAUCCUCCGCCCAAUUAACCUAUCCACCGCCGUCCCCAUCACUCCGCCGCACAACCUUUCUUCCCUCCUCCCCCAUGCCUCCGCCAAACCCAGCCGUUUCCCCUCCACCACCGCCAUCUCCCAUUAACUUAGCUCUCCUCUCCUUCAAAUCCUCUUCUCAAUCCUACACUUCUCUCAAGGACAUCCUUCCCUCUGCCUCUGCCUCUGCUGCCGCCGUCAACUCUCCCACCGCAGCUUCCCCCGCUAACUCCCCCUACGAAAUCUCCAUCCGCAAUCGCCUCGUUAAGCAGGCCGCUUGGGCUUAUCUCCAGCCUAUGUCCGCUUCUUCCUAUUCCGCCGGCCCCAAUUUCUUCCAUCGUUUCUGCCUCCGUUUCUCUACUGGAAAUCCGAUCUACAGUUGUUUUGGAUUCAUCAGAAGCAGUAUUGUUCCGGCUAUAAUCCGUGCUUUUCGGUUCUGCAUUUGCUUUUGACGCCGUCGUUUUCUCGGAUUUUGGACUCGCGUAUUGACGACGACGACGACGACGACUUCUUCAGCCGCUAAGUCCGAAGAUUGACCAUCAUCACCUUCCUCCGUCUCCGAAUCGGCGCGGCUGAUUCCGACGACAGACUGCGGUGCUGGAGAAUCGUUCGUCUGAUCAGCGACUCGAACGGAAAACGACGGCAAUUUGUUCGGAGGCUGUGGCGUUACCGUCGACGGUUGGUGUUGCUGCUCGUUUCUCUAUAAUUAGAGAAAAAUUUGAAGAAUUAGUCAAUGCCAUUAAUGGCAAUGGUACUGAAACGAGUGAAGCUCUUUCAAUAACGAUGAAUUGUAAAUUCUGUUUAAUUUGAACACUUUACAAAUUCAAAACAAUAAUAAAUUGUAAUUCCAAAAUUAUUUAUCUAUCGACUCCAAGUAAUAAAAUUAACCAUUCAUUUUGUGCCACGUGGUUGAUUCCCUAUAUUUUGGCCCUAUUCUUAUUUGUAGUAACAAAAAAUUUAUUUUAGCAUAAAGUUUUGUCACAUGUAUGUCAA